UGACAUUUCAGUUGCCAAUGAUGCUGUGAGCCAUUCCAUUUUCAUCACCACACAAACAUUCCUGUCCGCCCUGGAUUACCCAAACUCCUCAGCUUCAAACCCCAACCUUCACCAGCGAUUCACUCGCUUGACCUUGGGUGGUGGUGGAGAUUUUACAUCUAAACCUCACCAUCCUUUACCUAACUCAAACAUGGCACCCAAGAGGAAAAGAGGAACUUCAUCUGCAGAAGAUCUUGUCAAGAAUAAAAAGUCCAAGGAGAGCAUUAAAAAUUAUCUUCAUAGCAGUUCUUUGACCAGCCAUCAUCACCAUCAUAGUAAAGCACCUUUUUCUCUCAAGAAAUGCCAGAAUUGGUUUAGAGAAUAUAUGGACACAGAUACAGAUUCAAUAGGCCCUGAUGGUAUGGAAAAGUUUUGUGAAGAUAUUGGAGUAGAGCCUGAGAAUCUAGUCAUGCUGGUCAUUGCCUGGAUGUUAGAUGCUGAACAAAUGGGUUUCUUCACUCAAACAGAGUGGAUGAAUGGCAUGACCAAGUUACAGGUUGACUGCACAGAAAAACUCAGGGGAAAGUUAGAGUCGUUACGUGCACUUCUAGAUGAACCUGCAACAUUUAAAAAGAUUUACAGAUAUGCUUAUGACUUUGCUAGGGUUAAUAAAGAUCAACGUAGUAUGGACUUAGAUACUGCCCAGGCCAUGCUGACGUUGCUACUUGGACGUCAAUGGCCACUGUUUAAUCAGUUUCACCAAUUCCUUGACAAGGCCAAGUAUAAAGUGAUCAACAAGGACCAGUGGUGCAAUAUCCUAGAGUUCAGUAGGGCCAUUAGACCUGACCUCAGUAACUAUGAUGAAGAUGGUGCCUGGCCUGUGAUGCUUGAUGAAUUUGUGUUGUGGUUCCGAUUACACCAAACAGGGGCUGCCUCAUCAUCGGCACCCACGUAACGACAGCCAGUCAACAACUUCUUGACUACAACAACUCAAUAAAAUUUUAAAAGAAGACACUGAAAGUGGCGAGAAGCUGCAACGAAAGCUUCUUAACACUUUUAAAAAUGCCUAACUGCCAAACUGCAAAGGUUCAUGCUUCCAUGUUCUGAUGGCUUUGAUACAAAUAUUGAAACAGUAAGAGGUUGUGUGCUGCUUCUCCUGUUGUGACUAUUCCAAGUGAUCUUGCACUAAUUCUGACUGUCAACCAAAUCCUGCGUAUGUUCAUUACUGGAACUGAUCGGCUCACCUGACUCCUCCCAUUGUAAAUAAAGCAAGGACAACAUCAUCAUUAAUCAGACUAUGGAUGUAGUGGACAAGGAUAUGUAGCAACUUAGAUAGAUAUCUCCAGUGCAAGAAAGACAACUUUAUUUUUACUGUAAGUGCAAGAGAGACACAGCUUUAUCUUCAAUAUUAGGAGAACAUUGACUACCUGGAAAAGAUAUGCUUCAGGUCUGUUCAUUUUUAUUUCCAGAGGAUAGUUAUCUAUUAAAGUAAAGCAAAAUAUUUACUUUCAAGCAUAUAUCUCUAGGUAUCGCUGGGUGAAGAGGUCAUAGCUUAACCUCCUUUACGAAUACAGGAUCAGUGACUUCCUUGACAAGGAGAAGUAUUGAACCAGUUCCUAGUGUUUUCCAAGAGGUUGGUUAUAACGUGUGGGCACCAAGUGAAACUAUUAACCAACAGGUGGUGAUAUAUCAGUUAUUAAUUGCAAAAUAUAUGUAACCCCUCAUUUGGUUUAUUUUGUAUGUGUAUAUGUCUCAUCAAAUGCAUUGAUGAUGACCUUAUUUUUAUAUAAAUUUGUGAUCCCUUCCAGCUAUUUUAAACUCUGUAGUCGUUAAUGCAUAAUUAUUGAAUAUUUGAUAUUCAUAUUGUUAACUGUUGUCCUCUUUUAUUUUGUGAUAUUUUUAUAUGUGAUGAUUUGAAGAAUGCUAUGGAUGAUUAGAGGGCAUUAUCAGAAAAAAGUAUGAGAAAUGUCUCUAAGAAUUACUUUUGCCUCUUAACUGGAUGUUAUAAUUUUGUUUACAUAAACUUUGUUUUGCCUUUUUUUGUUGUUCAACCCAUGCCAAAUGUUAGAAUGGAUCUUCAAAGUGAUCACAAAAAAGGGUGAAUCACAAAUUACGGUUCGUAGAAAAAUGUUAAUGUUUUAGAGCAAUCGUAAUUUACUAGCAAGCAAAAAGUGAUGUGUUUUUGUAAUUUUUAUAAAUCUUGGUUCUCAGUUUAACAAAGCAUCCAGACUUGAUGGUGAAAAUAGUUUGUCAAAUCAUGGAACACCAAAAUAUUUCUUCCUAAUGACUGAAAGAAAAUGCAUUAAACAGGACUACAGUUAUGUUGAAAUUUGUAUUAAACCUGUCUGUGUGCUUAUGUUAGAAUGUCAGGAUUACAUUUUUUUUCUUCAGUACACUCCAUAUGAUUGUUGGACCUUCAGAUUUGCAUUAAAACACACACACACAAGAAAACUGCAAUUAUGUUUUAUUUAAAAAAUAGUUAAGGUAUCUGUAUAUGUGAUUUAGCCUCUGGUAUCUUUUACUCCUCAUUUUUAGUGUACACAAUUAAAUCUCUAUCCUUCCUUGGGGUCUUCAGAAAAGGCACAGAAUUAAAAUAAUAAUUUCCAAAGCACAUGUAAAAGGGUUCAAAAAAGAAAAUAUGAAGACGUCAAAAACUCACCUUACAUUGACCCACCCAGUGGUAUUUGCUGUGCAUUAAGGCCCUACCAUUGUAAGCGGUUGCAGUCAAUUCAAAUCUAACUCAAA